UGCGAUGCUGUCGUGAAUAUUUUUUAACGAAACAUAAAUCCUCAUUAAAAACAAAACAAUUUUGACAGUUUUAAUAAUUUCUGUGUUUUCCGUCAAAAUUACAUUUGAUGAAAAUUCAUUGUAAUUUGUAGUAAUAACGUGAGAAAUGUAAGUGAAAGAAAUUGCAGUAAACAAUGAAGACAUUAAUCUGUUAAACGAACAUUAUUAAAUUGUUAUUUUAAUAAUGAUAUGUAAAAUAACGUAUAAAAAAUAAAAAUAACAAAAAACAAAUAGCUCUCGAAUUUUAUGAAUGAAACUCAACGCGAAAUUAAAGAUAUAAGAUGAACGGCUUCAACGCUACUCACGUCACGGAUAACGCUAAUUGUUCCAAACAAUUGAAAUUUGGCGUGGACCGUAUACUGUCCAACGAAAUUUGUGCAAAGAGGACAGAUUUUCUCAAACCAGUUUCGAUACUUUCUUCAAUUCGUUGUCCCUGCGUUGAAAGUUGCGAGCGAUGCGAAAGUGUUAGAGCUUGCAUCUCGUUUUCUCAUCCAUCGUUACCUGAAGCUAUUACAUCUGUAUCUUAUACUGGAAUCAUGGAGGGAACAUUAGGAACUGUAUAUCGGCCAGCACCGCUACGUCUUGUGCCAAGAACAUCUAUCUCAUCUCCUUCGACGAUAAGCACAUCGGAAACGAAUACACGAAGAAAAAGAUCGUGGUCCAGAGCCGUGUUUAGUUCACUACAAAGGAAAGGUUUAGAAAGAAGAUUCUCUUUGCAAAAAUACAUUACAAAACCGGACAGACGACAAUUGGCAGCGACUUUAGGUCUCACAGAUGCACAGGUCAAGGUUUGGUUUCAAAAUCGUCGAAUGAAAUGGCGACAUACUCGAGAAAGUGAAAAUACGAUGUUAGCAGGUCCAGACUCUACACAGAAGGACUUUCCGCAGAAAUUAAUUAAAUCGACUGCGAAUAUUACUCUAGAAAAUGACGAAGAGGAUGUAGAAAUUGACAUAGAUUUAUGAAAGUCUUAUUAAAUUCAAGUUUUUUAAUAACAUAAGUGAGAGAGAGAGAAAGAAUGUUUUUGUUAG